GUUGGUUAGCGAAGUGCUGUUGGCAUGUCGAAAUGUGCCUUUGCCUCCUUGAGGGCGGGAGUUGAGUGCAAAGAAAUUCGUGUGUUCUACAAAAAGGAACUGGAAAUGUUUAGGAAUUUCUUGAUUAUAAUCCGCUGUUGGCUGAGUUCAAUUUGCCUUUGUUUGGCGUUGAAUUAUCCAAUGCAAAAUCAUAAUUGCUUACUCGAUUUUGGUUUUGAGUUUAGCCCUUUUAUCCUCAGCAAGGGAUUAGCAAUUAGUAAGUCCAUGGGAAUUGCAGUUAAGCUAAUUUGCCAUGUAAUAAUACGCCAUUAUUUGCAAUUAUUACGAAAACAUGCGACUUUUGUUUGGGUUCCGGAAAUUUGCACCAACAGGUGUAGUAUUCUUCUGAAUGCAGACUUUGUAGACAUUCUGUCUAGGAUUUUGCACAUUUGCACAAUUUUAUUUUGAUGCUGUGUGGUGUAUAUACAUAUACAUAUGUAUACCAAGAAAUUUCGCCAGGAAAAAAAUGGGCUUAUGAAGAUUUUGACGUAUCGGAAGAAUGACCGAACAUCUUCUCUGUGGAUGAUUUCCUUGUAAAAGUGCGAAAUAGCCAAAUAAAUAAAAACUGCGUCAAACUUUACAAGCUCUCUUCGAUAAAGGCGAUGCCGCAAGCCAGGCUGCUGAAAAUGUGUUUAGUGUUUGUGGUUCUGAGACGGCAACAGCCGGUCGUGCACAAUUAUGGUUUCGUCGAUUCCGAUUCCGUCGGUAAUGUCAAAGUUGCAUCAACCAAUGGAAGGCCGCGCAAAUGUCGAUAAUAAAUAUAACGAAAGCCGUCGAGUACGAUCGACAAGUAAGCACUAUUUCGAUUGCCUCGAGGCUGGAAACCAAAAGAAGUUCGAUACACGGAUGCCAAAUGAGUAAACAAAAAAAAAAAACAUCCAUUUCUGAAGCGGAUGGGUACUUAUGAUAAAAAGUGUGUCACUUACGGAAACAAUAAGCGAAAAUGGCUGUGAUGAUGACCAAGCCAGGAUUGACAGUCGGCAAGAUUUUACUAUAUGUUUGGCGGGAUGGGUUUGGAAGCUGGAUAAAAUGGAGGUUUUGUACUCAAUGGCUUGAUAAAGUCGGACGCCAUGAAAGCACAAGUUUUAAGAUACAUCACUGUCCUGACGAUUACUGCGAUUGAGCUUGUGUUAUGGCGAGAAAUAGCUCUGUCAAAAGUUGCAAGGCUAUUCAAGAUUAAGAACAGUUAUUAGAAAUCGUCUAAGGCUACGUAAAGUUUUUAUAUGAAGUUACUUCUUAUUUUAGCAUUUUGUUAUGUUACUAUCAACCGACUAUUAGUCCAAACCUCUUUAUUUAUAUUUGAUUUAUAUACUCUUGCAUUUAUGUACAGCGUCGACGUGAUUUUGACUCUUGGCGCCGAUGUUUGUUUACGGCUUCAUGCCAAAUUUUGUAAGUGUGUUCAGUAAGGUUUGCCAUUUCCUCGUGUCAUGUUUUACUUUGGUACAACGAUUCGAAAUAGUCUAAGAUUACUGCUCAAAUUCACGUUUCACGAUGGCUACGGCUUGAGAUUGAUUGACAGAUUGAGUGCAAAGUUUAACACCUCUAGAUUACUUAUCGGGGGUUUUUUAAAUCAAAGGAUUACGUCAAUCAAUCAGCCACGCUCGACAAGCUCGAAGACAACAUACGUGGACUAUAGCCAAAAUGCUGCACGGAAUCAUCGAAAAUUUGGAGUUAACGGGUGAAGAUAUGCAAACGGAGCUGUGGGGGCCAUUUGGCUGAAAUUUUUUUCAAAUCAUAAAUAACAUAAAUCUCAAUCAAAUUUGAGCGUUUUAUUUAAUCUUAACAUCACGUCAAUUUUGUUGGUAAACCCUUUAUCUAAGCCACAGCUUUGUCUCUCCAGUACGCAUACAACUUUUAGUGCACAGAAAUUAUUCUUAAAGGCUUCGUAUGCGAUUUCCCUUCUCCCAGUAGGAUUGACCCGUUGACCUUGUGUACUCCUCUUAUGUAUAUAUAUAUAUGUAUACAUAUAGCCUGAGUAUGCAUAAGCCUUUGAUAAUAUGUUGUAUGUACAAAGCAAAUGUUUGACAUUUAAAAUGCUUCACAUAAUACGAUUUUGACACUAUAAUUUGCAAAUACAAAAGCCACAAAAAUUCAAAAGAAAUUGAAAGUUUGAGGUCCUAUUCGAAAUUCACACAUACUCGUGCAUACAUAGAUAUAUACAUACAUAUAAGUAUAUAUAGAUAAAUAUGUACUUUCGGCGGCCGCAAAUUAGCUACUGGCCCAGAAAUUGACUUGAUCGACAAAAUUGCGAAGCGGUAGCACUUAAAGGCCUAUCACAAUUUGUAAGCAACAUAUCUGGUAUUACAAAGGAGUCAGCAACAAUGGAUUUGCGUAAACCCCAUUACAACAAUAAUAGCAUAGGUGUACAAAAAAAUUUCUUUGGUUACAAUGAAAUAAUUAAACGUUUUGACCGCAAGCCAAUUUGGGCCGCUGUCUGCAACAACAACUGCAUUAUCCAAGAAUGAGAGCAGAUGAAACGGUCGUUGAGGAGUUCGGCAAUUGCGCACGAAAAAAGCAAAAGGUCAAGAAGCGAGCACAGCAACGAAUCAAAAGUAGGCAUGCGUAGCAGCGUCUCGUGAUCAGGUACAACUGCCGAGCAUCACGCAGUUCUAAUCUGAUACUGAAGUGCAGCACUAAUACAAGAAAUUCAAGAAAAUGCUAGCUGGUGAAUAUUGUGAGAGCGAUCUUUCGUUUUAUUCCUCGAUGCGGCGCUUGCAAUCGAGUGAAUCGGUAGAAAGUGAUACGAGUAGUUACUCGAAAAUGCUUAGUGAUAAUUUGGAGGAACUUACGGCUUUGUACAGUAUGGAUGUUAGCAGCAAUAGUCCAUCAACGUCUUCGUCGUCGUUAGAAAGCCAACCGGAACUUAUAGGCUUCCAAGCAGAUGAAAAUUUUGUGGAUAACUUUGAUUUUGGCUAUGCAGUUGAAACCACACGACAAGUCACCUGCAUUAGCGCAAAUCCUAAACGGUGGUCUUCACUGUGUGAUCAACAAUUUUACACCAGCAAUUCCUGCAAAACUUCAACUGUCGAAAGCUCGAAAAAUAUUAAAGCUCAUUAUAGAUCGACGUAUAGAAUUGGUUCACUGAAGUCUGCGUCACCCUCUCAGCAUCAUUUUAAGACAAACUCCAGCUUUUUAACGAGUUCUAGCGACUGUGGUCCACAGGAUGUUAUCAGGAAACGACGACUUGCCGCCAAUGCGCGUGAACGUCGACGCAUGAAUAGCUUGAAUGAUGCUUUCGAUAAACUUCGAGACGUUGUACCAUCGCUGGGAAAUGAUCGGCGACUCUCGAAAUAUGAAACAUUGCAAAUGGCUCAAGCUUAUAUUGGUGAUUUGGUUAAGUUGCUGACGCGCGAUUAUUAAAGUUAGUUUAUUAUUAUAUUUAAGAUUUAUAUUUAAUUUUAUUUAAUUAUAUUUAAGAUUAGUUAGUUUAUUUGUUAAAAUGGACUUUCACUUAAAAACAUAAUUCAAUUAAUUUAUUGGAACCAGGUUUUG